UGGGGCUGCGGACCAGCCUCUGGAAGUAGAUAUCCGGGUCAUUCCGGAGUGACUGCUCUAGUGGAGUCGGAGAAUUUUGACCUACAGAAUGAUCAGCAAGACCCACAAAGGAGACCUGGGCCUUGGGAUUCCAGAGAAGAACAAGAAGAAGAAGAAGGUGGUGACAGAAGAACCAGAGACUCAGUACUCAGUUGUAAACAGUAACAAUUACUUCAAUGAUGUCUGUCCCACAAGAGCCAUAUCACCCAUGAAGAGUGUGAUCAAAGGGCUGGUACCUGAGAUCCCUCUAGUGAAGAAAAAGAAGAAGAAAAAGAAGGGCCAUAGCACCCUCUGUGAGGAGCACCUAGAACCUGAGACCAUGUUAUGUGCCAGGUGGACAGAGAAGUCUCCCAGCCCCAGGACAGAGGUUCUUGGUCCAUCUGAGUUCCUCAGUGGGGAGAAGAAAAAGAAGAGGAAGUUGUGGCCUCUGGCCAUGUCCCCUGAUUUGAGGAUGAAGACCUCCCUGGACCCCAGACAGGGGGAGAAAGUGACCAGAGUUGACAAGGAGCUCAAAAUACACAAGAAGGAGAAAAAACCCCACAAAACCUCAGCCUUCUCAGCCAGGGACACUUGGUUCUGCAAGGCUGAGAAUCCUCUGCAUACUUGCUCAGUGGGAAAGGAUGACCAGGAACAGGCAGCCUUGGGGCAGAAAAGAAAGCAGGGGAACCCCAGGGAACACAAUGUGAAGGUGAAGAAGAAGAAGAUCCACCAGGAGGGAGACACCUACUUUGGCUACCCCAAGCCCUCCAGGUCCAUGGACAGCAGCCCUAGGAAAGGAAGUAAAAAGAAGCCAGUCAAAGUUGAGGCUGCAGAAUACAUCCCAGUAGGAGGUGGCCUCAAGUCUCCUGUGAAGAAGAAAAUGAAGUCCAAUAAAAAGGCAGAGCAGCCAGGCAUUGAGGAGCCAGCUCUGAAGAGAAAGAAAACAAAGAAGAGGAAAGAGAGCGAAGUAGCAGGAGAAACUUGGAAGGAGGAGCCUGACACAGACUUAGAGGUGGUGUUGGAAAAGAAAGGCAACAUGGAUGAGGCGCACAUAGACCAGGUGAGGCGAAAGGCUUUGCAAGAAGAGAUAGAUCGAGAAUCAGGCAAAACAGAAGCCUCUGAAACCCAGAAGUGGACAGGAACUCAGUUUGGUCAGUGGGAUACAGCUGGUUUUGAAAAGGAGGAACAGAAACUGAAAUUCCUCAGACUUAUGGGUGGCUUUAAAAAUCUGCCCCCUUCAUUCAGCCACACGCCUGUCACAACUGGAAGGCCCAACAUGGCACUCAACAGGAAGGCAGCCAAUACCCUGCAGCAAAGCCUGCAGCAGGACUACGACCGGGCCAUGAGCUGGAAGUACAGGUCGGGCACUGGCCUUGGCUUCUCCACUGCCCCAAACAAGAUCUUUUAUAUUGACAGGAAUGCUUCCAAGUCAAUCAAGUUUGAAGAUUAAACUCUAUUGUCCUGUCUCCCCAGUCAAUAUUGCUUAUUAUUCAAGUACACAGGUGAAAGCCUUCUGACAGUUGUCUGAAAUUGAACUCCUACAAAAAUAAAGGGGUGGGGUCAGCUCAUGUUUCAAGAGCCAAGAGAAUAUGUGAGUGGCUAAAUGCUACUGUUUUCUGUGUUAAGCCUUCCAUCCCCAUUUGAAGACAUCAUGUACGGGGACCCCCAUAAAACUGGAAUUUAUAUAUUAAAAAUU